AUGAAUGGUGAAAUGAAUAACAACGAAAUAGCUUUACCGCUACAUUACCAACAGAUUAUACAAGCUAUAAAUAUUGAACCCUAUUUGAACCAUGUGGAAAACAUUUUCAAAACACCUCUCGGAGAGGAUUCAAGUGAUACAGAUUUAGAUGGCGAUUUCAGUGAUCUUGAGACAUCAGAAGAACUUGCUGCUGACCGUUCUCGUUAUUACAAUUUAUCAAAUGUUGGUGAUGACCGUUUAUGGCUACAAAAUCUUCUCUUGGAUAACGAUGAUUCAGAUGAUCCUGACGAUGUAGUAACAGAAGAAGAUCUACAAAUCAUGAUACAGCUACACUUAUACAAAAAAAAAUAUCAAAAACAAUUCCUUUCUGCUAAAAAUAAAAAUCGGUGUCGGUAUUAUAGUUCUGGUUUAUUGUCUAAUUUUGAUAAAUAUCAAACCAGAACCGAAAAAAAACCUAUUCAGAAGGCAAAACCUACUACUGUUAAACAUAAACACAAGAAUUCUGACAGUGAAAAAAAAUUAGCUAAAAGGAAAACGCGGUCAUUGAGUCCUACUGCCAAAACAUUAAAACUUGAAAAAAAAAAAGCGCUCUUGGAAGCAAAAACAGCUCAAGUUAUAUUUAUGAAAAGAAAGAAGUUAUGGUUACAUAUGGCAAAAAAAGAAAUGGGAAAAAUACAUAGAAUGAAAAAUAAUAAUCAUAAAGAAAUAUUAAUAACUUGUCGCCGUACUGCUCAAUCCUGUAUGAAGCAUCUGCGCCAAAAAGCUAUUCAAAGUCAAAAAAAUAUGAAAGAAAAUGUAUGGCGUGCAAAACGUUUAACACGUGAAAUGUUAACAUAUUGGAAAAGAUAUGAUCGUAAUGAACGUGAGACUCGUAAAAAACAAGAAAAAGAAGCCGAAGAACAAAGGAAAAUGGAUGUAGAGCUAAUGGAAGCAAAACGUCAGCAAAGGAAAUUAAAUUUCUUGAUCACUCAAACAGAGUUGUAUGCACACUUCAUGUCAAAAAAGCUUGGUCAAAGUUCUGCUGAAGAACAGCUUCGAAUUCUAAACCAAUUAGAUGAAGAAAAAAUUCCUAGACUGAUGCAUAUUGAAAACUAUAACAGUGAAAUUUAUAAGGAUAAAGCAUUACAAAAUACUCAAAAGGCACUGGACGCUCAUGAACGACAAUCCAAUGAAUUUGAUGAUAUUGACUUUAAAAUAAAUAUGCCUCCUCCUAAUGAAGAAAGACCACAGCCAACAAUAUUUCAAGGAAGUUUGAAACAUUAUCAACUAAAAGGAAUGAAUUGGCUUGCAAAUCUUUAUGACCAAGGAAUAAAUGGAAUAUUAGCAGAUGAAAUGGGAUUAGGAAAGACUGUACAAUCUAUUGCAUUUUUAUGUCAUAUUGCAGAAGCAUAUCGUGUGUGGGGUCCAUUUUUAAUUGUAUCUCCAUCGUCUACACUUCACAAUUGGCAGCAAGAAAUAGCCAGAUUUGUUCCUGCUUUUAAAGUUGUCCCAUAUUGGGGAAAUCCACAGGAAAGAAAAAUUUUAAGACAAUUCUGGGACCAAAAAGGAUUACAUACACAAGAAGCUAGUUUUCAUGUGGUUAUAACAAGUUAUCAAUUGAUUGUGAGCGAUUUUAAAUAUUUUAAUCGUAUUAAAUGGCAAUAUUUGGUUCUCGAUGAAGCCCAAGCUAUUAAAAGUACCAACAGCGUGCGUUGGAAACUAUUAUUAACAUUUAGAUGCCGUAAUCGUUUGUUGUUAACUGGUACACCAGUACAGAAUAGUAUGGCUGAACUUUGGGCCUUGUUACAUUUUAUUAUGCCAACAAUGUUUGAUUCUCAUGACGAAUUUACUGAAUGGUUUUCUAAAGAUAUUGAGAGUCAUGCAGAAAACAAAACAGGCAUUGACGAAAAACAUUUAUCUAGACUGCAUUUGAUUUUAAAACCAUUCAUGUUACGUAGAAUAAAAAAGGAUGUUGAAAAUGAGUUGUCUGAUAAAAUUGAAAUCUUGAUGUACUGUCCACUUACUUCUCGCCAAAAAAUGUUAUAUUCUGCUUUAAGGAAAAAGAUUCGUAUUGAAGAUUUAUUACAUUCAGCUGGUUCUUAUCAGUCUUCACCCAAUGUGACAUCAAAUUUGAUGAACUUAGUGAUGCAAUUCAGAAAAGUUUGUAAUCAUCCAGAAUUAUUUGAAAGACGAGAAGCUAGAUCACCUUUUUUUUUCCGUCCUACUGAAUAUAUUGUUCCUAAAAUGAUUUAUUUUGACAACUCAGUUAAAUAUAACUUUUUAAGUAAACAACAUUUAUUUGCUAAUAAAUUUUUUAUAUUUAAUGUUGAACAAGUCCACCAUAGCUGUUUUCCUAUAAAUAAUGAUAAAUCACAGACAUGUAAUGUGUAUUGCUUUAGUAGACUUUUGAAAAUGUCAGCAACUGAUCUUUUUCAGAUAACAAAUGGUGGACUAUUUUACAGAAUACUUAAUAUUUUGAUUCAACAAAAAAAGGAUAACUUAAUUGGUGAGAAAAAUUGUUGGGACAAAAACAGUAUAUUGUGGCCAUUUAUUGAACAACGCGUACCAGAGCAGUUUAAAUUUAUAACUCCGAUUGUCAGCACAUGUACUAUUACCCAUACAACUCAUUUGCAUCACCAUAUGAAUGAAACAAUGGAACAUAAAUUACAUCGCCUUAAACGAGCAAAUUCUGAUAUGAAUAUAACAAUGGAAAACAUUUAUGUUGAGAACAUAUCAUUGAAAAACUACAAUCCUAGACCAUCACAAGUAUAUGAAUGUAAACCAACACAACUUCCUCCAUUCAUAUACUUUUAUUCUCCAAAAGUAACAACAAAAGCACGUCAAUUAUGGGUUCCUGGUAGUAGGUCAGCUGCAUAUAUCUGGCAACGGCAUGAAACUUGUGAUUCUACCAAAGGCUAUAGUUUAAUAUUUAAUGGCCAUUCAAGUUUCAGUCAUAAUCAAUGGUCAUGUGAAAAUUUAGGUGGCGUAAAUGCUUUAAAGCCUCAAAAUGGGUGGUCCAACAUUAGCAUACCGGAUAAACAAAGUUUGGUUACUGACUGUGGAAAAUUAAAAAUAUUAGACAGCUUACUAACAAAAUUAAAACAAGAAAACCAUCGAGUUCUAAUUUACUCACAAAUGACAAGAAUGAUUGAUAUUUUAGAGGAAUAUAUGUGGUAUAAAAAAUUGAGGUAUAUGAGACUUGAUGGUUCAUCCAAAAUAUCCGAAAGAAGAGACAUGGUUGCUGACUUUCAAAAUCGAUCUGAUAUUUUCGUAUUUUUAUUGAGCACAAGAGCUGGAGGACUUGGAAUAAAUUUGACUGCUGCAGAUACUGUUAUAUUUUAUGAUAGUGAUUGGAAUCCUACUGUUGAUCAACAAGCAAUGGAUCGAGCUCACAGGCUUGGUCAAACUAAACAGGUUACCGUGUAUAGACUAAUAACCCAGAACUCUAUUGAAGAACGAAUAUUACAAAGAGCAAAAGAAAAAAGUGAAAUACAAAGAAUGGUUAUUAGUGGUGGAAAUCUAAAACCUGAUACCCUAAAACCAAAAGAAGUUGUCUCGCUACUUUUAGAUGAUGAUGAAAUUGAAAGCAAAUAUCGUCAAAAACAAGAAGAGAGGAGACAACUAGAAGAAACAAGAGCUGAAGGAUUCAAAGAAAAAGAUCGGAAACGAAAAAUAGAUGUUAAUAAAAUUGAAAUUUCUCCUAAAGUGAAAAAGACUGAAGAUGUAUCAACUAUUGAUGAUUUUAUAUUAAGUCCUCAUAGUGAGAGUAGUUUUGUUCACGAAGAAACUGGUAGUGAAACGACAAUUGAACACGAUGAUUCACCUACAAAACCAUCCCCAAAAACACCUAUAUCAACAACUAAACGAGCUAGAACAGUUCGUAGGAAUUGCACCCCAGUAAGAUCCAGUAGUCUCGUUUCAGAAGAUGACAGUUCUAUAAAAAAAAAAGUGAGCCCAUCAAAACGUACUGGUCGUACAAAUCAGAAGACACCUGUUCCAACGAAUGUAUGUUUUAAAAGCUCUCCAAAAAAAUCUUAA